AUGAAGGUCCUUUUCUUCAUCGUCGCCUUCGUUUCAGCUCCCACGCUGGCGCAGGAUCUUAAUGCCCUACCCGCCUGUGCUCAAACUUGCGCUUUAAAUGCUAUUGGUGGCAGCGGCUGCGCGGUAACCGACCUUAAAUGUAUCUGCGAGUCGGCCAGCUUCAUCUCUAGCUAUACUAGUUGCAUUACCACUUCUUGCGGCGCUGCUGAUCAGGCUGCUGCCAUAUCAUUCGCCAUUCAAUAUUGCGCCUCGGCUAUCUUCACUCUCAGCAGUGCCUCUGCGACUUUAUCGGCACAGGCUUCAAGCACCACGGCCUCGGCGCUAUAA